CCUCCCCUGGCCUCAUUUAUAAAAUAAAAUAAAGAACUUUCUCUCUCCGAGUCUGAUCGCCGCGUACGGCAAUGUCCUCCGUCACCGUUGAGCCACUCCUCCGAUAUCACCGCCGGACGGAGGUUUCUGGACUCCGGAAGGUUGCGAAUUCCUGCUACUCUUCUUCUUCGCUGAAUUGUUCGCGGCAGAAGCUGUUUCAUCGCGGGAAAUGCAAGCUACGUCUGCGUCGUCGGCCCGCUGCUCCCGUCGUGAUCAGAGCUAGUAGCUCUUCUUCUUCUAAUACUGCGCUCGCGGAGACUUUCGAGUCCUCCGGAGAUGUGUUUUUCCGGCACAGCUUCCCUGUCACCCGAACUGAAACGGUUGAAGGGAAGAUUUUUGUGCGCAUAGAUCAGGAAAACGGGAAAGGUAAUUGGCAUCUGACUGUGGGAUGUAGCCUUCCUGGGAAAUGGAUUCUUCAUUGGGGAGUCUCUUAUGUUAAUGAUAUUGGCAGCGAAUGGGAUCAACCUCCAAAGCAUAUGAGACCUUCUGGUUCCGUACCAGUCAAGAAUUAUGCAAUAGAGACACCUUUAAAGAAAGCAUCUGGUGAUGAUUCAUUUUAUGAAGUGAAGAUUGAUAUUGAUCCCAAGAGUGCAAUUGCUGCCAUAAAUUUCGUCCUAAAGGAUCAAGAAACUGGAGCAUGGUAUCAACACAAGGGAAGAGAUUUUAAGGUGCCUCUCGUAGAUUACCUUCUUGAAGAUGGCACUGUAUUUGGCGCAAACAGCUUCAAUAUUUGGCCAGGGCCUUUCUUUUCCAACAUAUUGCUCAAACCAGAAACACAAGACCAUACCCAGGAGCCCAACAAUGUUAAAAAGGAAGAUAGGAAAGUAGAAGGGAUUUAUGAAGAGCAGCCCAUUGCCAAACAUACUGCUAUAGAAAACUCUGUUACUGUUUCAGUUAGAAGGUGCCCCGAGACGUCUAAGAAUCUCCUUUAUCUUGAAACUGAUCUACCUGAAGUUGUUGUUCACUGGGGAGUGUGCAGAGAUGCUGCUAAAAAUUGGGAAAUUCCACCUGGCCCUCAUCCACCAGAAACAGUUAUAUUCAAGGAGAAGGCUUUGCGGACUUUGUUGCAGGCAAAGGAGGAUGGACGUGGAUGUUCGGGGUUAUUUACCUUGGAUGAGGGUCUUGCAGGCUUUCUUUUUGUACUCAAGCUAAAUGAUAAUACUUGGUUGAAAUGUAAGGGAAAUGACUUUUAUGUCCCACUCUCAAGUUCAAGUAGCUUGCUUGCUCAGUUCACUCAGGAACACUCUAAAGAUUCACCAGUCUCUGUAAAGGCUCUAGAUCAAAAUCAAGGUUCUGAUACUGCCUUCACUAAUGAGAUAAUUAAAGAAAUAAGGAACUUGGUGAGUGGAAUUUCUUCUGACAACAGUCGGAAGGUGAAAACUAAAGAAGCACAAGAAAGCAUACUUCAGGAGAUUGAGAAAUUGGCUGCUGAAGCCUACAGCAUCUUUAGAAGCUCCAUACCAACUUUCAAAGAAGAGGUUGUAUAUGAAGAAGAGCUGGAGAAAUCACCUCCUAAAAAGAGCUCUGGUACUGGGAGUGGUUAUGAAAUAGUGCUUCAGGGGUUCAAUUGGGAAUCCCACAAAUCUGGAAGAUGGUAUAUGGAGCUCAAAGAGAAGGCAGAAGAUAUAGCUUCACUUGGGUUCACAGUUGUGUGGUUGCCUCCACCUACAGAGUCAGUGUCACCUGAAGGCUACAUGCCAAAGGAUCUGUAUAAUUUGAACUCCAGAUAUGGAAACAUUUAUGAGCUCAAGGAACUUGUCGGAAAGCUUCAUGAAUCAGGCCUCAAAGUUCUUGGAGAUGCUGUCCUAAACCAUCGAUGUGCUCAGUAUCAGAACCAAAAUGGAAUAUGGAACAUCUUUGGUGGUCGCUUAAAUUGGGAUGAUCGAGCAGUUGUUGCUGAUGAUCCACAUUUCCAGGGUAGGGGAAACAAGAGCAGUGGGGACAACUUUCAUGCUGCCCCAAACAUUGAUCACUCUCAGGAUUUUGUGAGGAAAGAUAUUAAAGAAUGGAUGUGCUGGCUAAGAGAAGAAAUUGGUUAUGAUGGUUGGCGCCUUGAUUUUGUUAGAGGGUUUUGGGGUGGCUAUGUAAAGGAUUACAUGGAUGCAACCAGUCCUUAUUUUGCAGUUGGCGAGUAUUGGGAUUCCCUCAGUUAUACUUAUGGUGAAAUGGAUCACAAUCAAGAUGCACAUCGACAAAGAAUUAUUGAUUGGAUAAACGCGACAACUGGAUCUGCGGGUGCAUUUGAUGUCACCACAAAAGGGGUGCUUCAUGAGGCAUUGGAAAGAUGCGAGUACUGGCGUUUGGCAGAUGAGAAGGGAAAGCCUCCAGGAGUUGUUGGAUGGUGGCCAUCUCGUGCUGUUACAUUUGUGGAGAAUCAUGACACUGGCUCAACACAGGGUCACUGGAGAUUCCCAGGUGGAAAGGAAAUGCAAGGAUAUGCCUACAUCCUGACUCACCCAGGAACGCCUGCGGUAUUCUUUGACCACAUCUACUCCUCUAAUUAUCGAUCUGAAAUUGCUGCUCUCAUCGCUUUCAGAAACCGCCACAAAAUCCAUUGCCGCAGUGUGGUAGAAAUUUCCAAGGCAGCAAGAGAUGUGUACGCAGCCAUCAUCGACAAGAAAAUAGCAGUGAAGAUUGGUCCAGGCCAUUUCGAACCCCCUAAUGGCCCACGCAAAUGGUCACCGGCUCUCGAGGGAAGGGAUUACAAGAUCUGGGAGUCGUCCUAAUGCAUAGCUACUACACAAGACAAGAGUGUCAUUUUGCGUUCUAGCUAAAGUACAUUUAGCUUACAAAUAGGUCAAAGGCAACUGAAGUAUGGCCCGAGGCAAUCCAUAAAGCAGGUUCAAGGUAUAGGCUGCAUAUUCCUUUCUGCCGAAGUUUCGCUAUCAUCGAGAUAGUGAGUCUUUUGGUGAUGGUGGAUGAUUCGACGUUUUGUUCAAGAAAAGGACGGGCGGCUGAUCAUAGAGAGGCUGCUUGUGUGGCGUAUGUAGCAGAUGCAGGAGUAGGAGAAUAGAAAGCCUCAGUGUAGUAGACUGUUAUAAGCUAGCCUCAGUACGGUAUAGCAGUAUUACCAUGUUGGAAAACGAUCAUCCACAUCAACAGCCAUGAGCCAUGAGGUCCAUCUGACAUUUCGCAUUCAUAAGCUUUCGAUCAGCUCAGCUGUGGCGUUCAUUGUUUGAAACUGUUAGAUGUGUUAGUUUUUUUAGCUUAUAUAUAUUUUUUUUUUUACUGCAAUUGAAGAAGCUAGCUUGAUAAGUUGCAGCCAAGGCUUGGUAGAAAAAAGAGACGGAUUAGGGAAUGCAGAACGCAGCAGAAGUCGUAAAAUCCUGUAAAAGCGGGCCGGACGUUCCAAAAAGGGUGGAGGAGGCAGCCUUGUAAUGUGAUAAGUUAUGUAACCCACUUUGAUAGUUCGAUUGUCGAGUUGGAAACUUGGAAUGUUUUCGAGGGAAUAAAAGAGUACAGAUUUUGAGCGAUUAGGAAAAGAUUUCGUAUUAAAUAAGUGAACAGUCCUUCACACUUCCUAAAAAGAAUUUUAUUAACUCGUAUAUGGU